GUUCGACUGCGAGUCUCGCUACCACAUAAUGAAAUGCAAGCGGCUGGUAGCUUUCAAAUGGCUUCAAAAUAACUCGUGAAUGUUUUAAAGUUUUUUUCGCGAUGCUUUUCCACAGGUCUUGUUUGCAGAUGUGUUCGGAAUUCAUUUUAGGCGGGAAUGACGUUUUUAAAAUUAGGUUGGUCUCCAGACCCUUUAAUCGCGCGGUUGAUUCCGUGACGGGUACCUGACCUUAUCGUAAAAUAUUCCGCGCAGAUUAAAGUAUAAACAAACAGGCCUAGGCCGAAAUUACAGGAAUAUUAUGGAAUUGCCGGUGAUUUUAUCGUAAUAAUAUCUGUAAUUCUGGAUUGAAUUCAAGCUUCAAAGCUAAUUUUUAAAAUGGCGCUUGUCAUGGUGCUUAUUGGAUUUCUUGGGACAUUCCCUUUCGCUUCUCAGGCUUCUCACCCACAGUUCCUGGUAAUUCCAUUUAGAGUAUUGCAAAACAUGGGUCUGGAAGUUAAAGCCGAUAGUUUGACGUUGCAUAAGAGGAAUGAAAUUACCAAGAGAAUGAACAUAAAUUCUAACUCAAAUAUUCAAGUUCCAAUGGAAAUUGCGAAGCAGCUUGGUCUUAUAAAAGGUGGAAAAGAUGGCGGAGGAGGAGGAGGUGGUGGUGGAAAUUGUGGAGGAGGUGGCAGUAUGUGUGGGAAGUCGUUAUCUGAAGUAUCAAUGAACGGUGGAGGAGCAACAACGAAUAAUUUCCCAUCUGGUCCGGUGUUCUCGGUUGGACAAGCAGCGCCACCCGGUGAAGUGCACCCGGAUUUGCUGACACUCAAUCUUAAAGGCAAAGAUGGAAAGAAAGGAAAGGAUGGCCCAACUGGACCAGCUGGCGAUGCAGGACCUCCCGGCCCCCAGGGACCACCGGGCACCAAGGGUGACACUGGUGAUGCUUGCAAUCCAAUUAAACUACCAACCGUUAAAGGUUGCAAUCCAGAUACAAUCAGCGCAAUCCAACAGCGGCUUGAUAAACUAGAAAAAGAAUGUGUUCAGAACACUACUAUGUUGGCAAGUAUAACACUAAACGUUGUCACUGCGCUGGCGCAAUCGAAGCCUUCUCUCAAGUCAAACGACAUUACACCACCAAGAGUAGUUGGCGGUGGAGGCGGCGGGUUUGGUGGUGGUGCAGGCGGUGGUGCCGGUGGUGGCGGUGGAUUUGGAUUCGGUGCUGGUGGAUCCGGUCCUGUUCCCGAGGCAAAGCCAGCACAAUCUCCAACUCCUGCACCAGUCCCACCACCACCACCCCCAGCCUGCCCAGCCCCACCUUGCCCUCCCCCACCACCUCCACCACCACCACCGCCAUGUUCUCCGCCAGCUUGCCCAGCUCCUCCACCAGCACCAGCCACAGCUCCCGGACCAGAUGGCAAGAAAGGAAAUGCAAACGUGCAAUCUGAUGUUAAAAUCAGCCUAGAUGGUAAAGAUGCUAAGACUGACUGCCCCCCUGGCCGACGUGACUGUGUGCCAUCAGCUGCCAUUCGAUCUGCCCCAGUUCCAGAUGCGAGCAAGGGGGCUUCUGUUGUUGUUAACGGAAUUCCAGUGAAGUUACCCGAUGGCCUUGGAAGAAAAAGGCGAAGUCAUGAUCAUUAUUAACUAAAAUCAAUUGACACAGUAACGCUAAUAAAAUCUGACAGAGACAGUCUGUGCAAUGAUAAUUUACAGGGGUUCGGGGUAUGGGUAAAUUGUGGCUCUGGGGGUUUGAUGGACAAUUUUUCUUCCUCGCUCUAUUGUGUGACAUAUUGUAAUUGUCCCAAAAAAUGGCAGUCUGUAAAGUAACAAAAGUGCCAUGAUAAAUUUAGAUAAUCGUGUAUUUUAUCGUACUUUUACUCGAUUAUUGAUUUUCCAGAAAAA